AUGCUUUUAGUACUUUCAUUCAAUCAACCCAAAUUUUGUCCAGUUGUUUCAUGGGAAGCAAAUGGAACCACUGUUGCAAAUGAUACAAUGAUUGGACUUAGCACUAUUGGAAUGUUCAUCGAUACUGAUAAUGCCAUCUAUGUAAAUGAUCAAGAGACUAAUAGCGUUCAAAUUUGGUACGAACGAAAAACAGAACCGAUGAUAAUCAAACCUGAAAAUUUAAAUGCUUCCAAAGGUAUUUUUGUUACAAACGAUGGAGAUAUUUAUCUGGACAAUGGAGAACUCACUGGUCGUGUUGAUAAAUGUUCGAAGAGCUCCAACAGUAGUGUGCCCGUAAUGUAUGUCAAUGGGAGCUGUUUUGGAUUAUUUGUUGAUAGAGACAAAAACUUGUACUGUUCUCUUCGAGAUCAGCAUCGAAUUGUCAAGCGUUCACUAUGUUGUGAUAGUAACACGUCAACAACAACAGUUGCUGGUAAUGGAGCUAAUGGAUCAGCUCCAAAUAUGCUUAAUCAACCGAGUGGCAUUUUUGUGGACAUUAAAUUGAAUCUAUACGUCGCAGAUUAUGGUAAUAAUAGAAUUCAACUUUUUGAGUAUGGAGAAUUGAGUGGAAGGACGCUUGUGGAUGGUUCAUUAUUAAAUGGUCCAACAGACAUCAAGGUGGAUGCUGAUGGCAAUUUAUUUAUCGUAGAUCAAGGCAAUCAUCGCAUCGUUCGUUUCGGAUCGAAUGGACUGUAUUGUAUUAUUGGUUGUUCGGGUGCUAACGGCGCUGAAAGUGAUCAAUUCAAUCUACCAUUUGCUCUUGCUUUUGAUACAUAUGGGGAUAUAUUUGUCCUCGAUGGAGAUAAUCGCCGAAUUCAAAAGUUUCGUUUGGCAAGAAACGCUUGUGUUACAUACAAUCGCCCAAAAUUCUGUCCAAAUGCAACAUGGAAUGUAGAUGGCAUCACUGUUUUCGACCAAUCAUUAAUUGGUAAUCACGCUCGAGGCAUUUUCGUCGAUUCUAAUGAUACUUUAUACGCCGUUGCACAGGAUCGCAGUCAAAUAUUAACAUUGUUCAAAAACAGUACCAAUCUAUUGUCACCCACAAAUUUUCUACUAGCUAAUUAUACUGGUAUUAUUGUCAGCAUUGAAGGUGAGAUCUAUUUGGAGAAUGGAACCGAAUCGGGUCGAAUAGUACAAUGGGCGAAGAAUACAAACACUAGUGUCUCUGUAGCAUAUUUCCCAGGAAACUGUUUUGGACUAUUUAUCGACCAAAGCAAUAGUCUCUAUUGUUCUAUGAAAGAGAAAAAUAGAGUUGUUAAGAUGUCACUCAACGGCAAAAUGAGUAAAAUAGUGAAUGUAGCUGGAACAGGCACCAGUGGAUCAGGCUUGGAGCAGUUUUCCGGACCAUGGGGAAUAUUUGUUGACAAUAAUUUCACCUUGUAUGUCGCUGACAGUGGAAACAAUAGAAUCCAACGUUUUCAACUAGGAGAAAAUAUUGGAGCAACAAUAGCAGGAAAUGGAACUCCAAACGAUCUAAUGUUAAAUAAUCCUACAGAUAUCAUACUUGAUUUGGAUGGUAACUUAUUCAUAGCUGGCAACGAUAACUCUCGCAUCAUUCGAGUAAUCCACGAUGCUUAUCAUUGUGUAGUUGGUUGCAAUAGAAAUUCAACUAGUCCAUCCGAAAAGUUAAACAAAUCAUAUGCUGUUCGUUUCGACAGUCGUGGAAACCUAUUUGUCGCGGAUGAAUGCAACCAUCGAAUACAAAAGUUCACUUUGGCAACAAAUUCCUGUGAUUCAACAACAACAGAGGCACCAACAACACAAGUAGUAACAGAAGCACUAACAAUACAAGUAACAACAGAAGCACCAACCUCACAAGAAAUAACAACAGCAGAAGCAGCAGAAACAACAACAAAAGCAAGCACAACAUUAGCAACAACGAUACAAUCAACCACAGCAGCAGCAACAACUACUACUACUACUACUACUACAGCUUCAACAUCAUCAACUACUUCGUCCAAUACUUCUGAAAGAGAUUCAACAGCCACUAGUAUCAUUUGCAACACUUCGAAUAGUUCAUGCGACUUGCUUAAACCGUGUCAAAACGAUGGAACAUGUAGAAAUACGCAAACUGGCAAUGAUUGUUACGUCUGUUUAUGUUCACGUGGUUUCAAUGGGACUCAUUGUGAAUUUGAUCAUCGACCUUGUAAACCAUACACUUGCCUGAACAAUGGUACAUGCAAGGAAACAUCAGACUCAUUGUUUGUUUGCACAUGCCUAUCUGGUUGGCAAGGUGUUCAUUGCGAAUUCAUGGUAAACUUCUGUGACAAUUUCACAUGCUUGAAUAAUGGUACUUGUCGAUCUUCAUUAUCAAAUUAUACAUGUUGCUCGCCUCCGAGCGUCAGGCUUGCUAUGGCACCAAAUUCUUUGGAACUUCCUAUCAAAGCUCGUCGAAAUGAUGAAUUCUAUAUCAGUGCCUAUAUUGAACUUUUCUGUAUGAACUCAAUAGAAGCAGUUUCGCAGUGGGCGAUUACCAAUUGCACUACAAACUGCUCUUCUUCAAUAUCACUAAAUCGUCCUAUUAUUACUACAUUGAGUGAAAUUCACAUUCCAGCAAAAAAGUUGGAAUAUGGUAUUUAUGAAGUAAAAUUGACGGUAUCGUCAGUCAACAUUCCUAUUGUGACUGCAUCAGCAGUAGGAUACAUAGAGAUCAUUCCGACUGGUAUUAUGGCUAAUCUUGUUUCGAAUGGAACAUCAAUGAUUACUCACGAUCCCCAACAAUAUCUUACACUUGAUCCAGGCAGAUUCUCUGAGGAUCCCGAUGAAAAGGAAUUUAAUUCAAUCGUAAGUCCGUGUAAAUAA